AUGUCCGACGCAGAGGAAUCAACAGGCACCGCGUUCGCAGUGAGCAUGGCGGCUAACAUUCCCCCGCCGUCUGUGAUGGGCUUCACGGGCGAUUGGAGCACUAACUGGGAUGUUUUCCGCGCGGAAUAUGAAGACUAUGUUCUUGUGACUGGAGUGGCGGAAAAGGACAAAAAAAUACAGGCGGCAACUCUCCGCAAUGUUAUGGGCAGCGAAUGCAGACAUGUUUACCGUCACAACCUAAACCUCACGGCGGAGCAGAGAGAGGAUCCCGCGGCUAUACUGAGCGCCCUGGAGAGGUAUUUCAAACCGGCAAAAAACAUAAUCUAUGAGCGAUAUCUGUUUGGAUGUUGCAAACAAGAGGACGGCGAUACCUGUGAACGUCUUGGUUUCAUACGUUUCACUAUUCCGGAAGAUGCACUCAAGGUGGACACUGUGGUGCGAGCAGGACAUUUGACCAAAGACACUGUGGAGGUCCAGGAGGACCUGCAACAGGUGAACCAAGCAGAUUACCUGAACGUAACGGGCCAACGCCUGGAACAAAUCAGGCGACACACAGACAAUGAUGAGGGUCUGCAGGCAUUGAGGUACACAGUCACCACAGGCUGGCCGGAUCUCAAAGAGCAGACAUCCAUUCCUGUGACCAACAAACUCCUUGAGCCGGUGGUGGUGACAGGAGUUACUGAGAAGCUUCAAUACAGGAGGCAGCUCGCCAAGUCGUUCUACGACCGGUCAGCGCGGGUCCUACCGGAGCUGGAGGUAGGAGAGACUGUCAGAAUGAAGCCUCCUCCUGGCGACACCUCCCGCAUAUGGAGAGCUGGAACCUGUCUUGGCAAGGUCGCGCCUCGGUCUUACCUUGUGGACAUGGACGGUUCUGUUUAUCGCCGCAACAGAGUGGAUCUUAGAGUGGCAGAAUCGGGGGCUGCUCUGGGAUUUGGGGACACCCUGCUAGGCCCGUAG